AUGUUCCUUACAGAUAUUAAGCCUGUUGUUGGAAUUGGUGGUGCGAUCGGAGGUUGCAUUGUCAAUUUCAGUUUCCCGGCUUUGAUGUAUAUCAGAGCAUCAGACCAGAAAUUCACGUACUACAAGAAUGUCUUUGCAUCACUGUUUGGCAUUUUUGGAAUUGCAUGCGGUGGAGUUUCCACGUAUAUUGCAGUUAUUGAUGUAAUCAAAAUGUUUAAGAAAAAAUAG